CUCACCUCGAGAUCACCGGUACAGGUCCUCUCAACCCCGCAUAUAUUCCGUCAUGACCUCAUAUAUGCACCCUCGCAUCACACUGGCCCAACACUGAAGGCCACUGUCAAUUACAUUGCACCCCACCAAUUUCUGCCCUGGCAAGUUCUGGUGCCUGACCAGCGCUUUACCCCUCUGUCGGAUCUGACCUUUCACCGAUCACUUUCAACCGACCACUCACGCUGCAGUGACGAGAAGCAGCUCAGUCGGGAAAUGGGCGACCAUGCCGGUGGUGCGGGGCCAAAGGUCGUUCACCUGGCCUCCUCGGUGCAUCGCCCUUCAUCAUCGGCACUUCGCGAGCAGAGAUGUCGCAAUCUGCCAGUCGAGAAGUCUCCUUCUUUCAGCGGGCAGAAGCAUCACUCUCCUCCCGUCGUAUCCUCCUCGACCUCCCCUCCAUUGACCUCUGUCGCUGAGCCAGACGACGACGACCUCGAGGCGUUACGGCAACGAGAAAUCUUUCACCACCGUCAACACCAGCUUCGCAAGCUCGAAAGGCAUCGACAAAGACCGUCUUCAGCAGCAACUAUACGCUCCUCUGGCAGUGCUUUCAUUGCCAAGUUUACAAGACCCUCGAGUAGAACCGCCGCGUCCCACCAAGCCCAUUACAGUCACAAUAUCUCAAAUCACGACACGAGCCUGGCGCGGCAGAUCAGCUCUCCAGGCUCAGUCUCCUUCAGUACCAGCUCAGGAGGUAGUACACAGUCGGCUUACACAAGCGUACACCGUUAUACAGAGUAUAAGCCCGGAAAGGCAUCGAGCAGCAGGGCUGUUGCAUCGACCGGGCGGGGUAGGUCGCAAAUGGAAGAUUCAGACUCUACAAACCAUGAGCACUUGGAGGCUGCGCAGGACGUACUGAUAUGGAUUCCCGAGAGUCCUGCUUCAGGAGCAGCAUUACGAAGUCCCGUCCCUCAACGUGAUCUCCCCUUGCCCCAUGGUCAACUGAGCCGCUCGCCGCCCUCGACCAAUGCAAGCAUAGAUGCUGGGAACAGCGGUAAGCGAGCUGGCCUGACUCCUUGCUGGCGUAAGGAAAAACAAGGAAAGGAUGUGGAGAGCAGCAAGAAGACGUCUGCGACCCCAAUGAUGAUGGGUACUUGGAGGAGGGGGGCAGUCUCCUUGAAGGAAAACGGACAGUUUUAUAUCUUCGGCGAGACGCGUGCACUGCUACACCCUAUGUUGGCAACUCGGCUCAAGGUCACGGAUAUUCGGCCCGUGGAUCCCAGCCUACUUCAGCGAUACAAUGUCCUCGGUAUCUUCGCGCGGCCUCUCGCUAUCGCCGGUACGUCAGCAGAUUGUAGUCGCAUCGGUGUGAGAGAAUCCACCACCUCUGCUGUGGACCAGGCUGCUGCAACUAUCGAGGAACCGGUCGUCUAUAUCUCCUUUCCUACUUCCCACAAGCUUCAAUACUGGACUUCCCUCCUACGUGCUUACGCGAUUCCAGAGAUCUAUGAAUCGCAUAGUUCUGCGUCUGCAAAGAGGUCCUAUCGAUGGCAUAGGGAAAUUCAGCUGCGCUGCCUUGAUUACCGGCCGGUCGCUCCCAUUGUGGCUGACGUGGGUAAGAGCCCGUCUAUAGAACAAUCGAUUUGGUCUCAGGAUGAACAAGAGGCACCCGGAUCAAACUCGACGGCAAGCUCGAUAGCUGAGAGGGACUUGUCCUCUGAUGAGGGCCAAGGCGGAGAUUCUCCCACCUUUGACGAUGCCGGAAGCGCUUCGUCUGCGGGACGGCGAGGAACGGCUGAACUUCGACGGCAAGACGCUCCCACCUCCCUUCCUCAAGGCGCCCGCAUCGAUACGGCUGGCCGUACUACUGCAACUCCUGUCAGCCGUCAUAGAAUCAGCUCCGGAGGAGGCGUGCGUCGCUCGAUAUCGGUGCCUGGUGAAAGCUCCUCUCGCUCUGAUCACCUACCGGCGACUAUCUCUCGUUCUACAUUGCUGACAUCGGUGGGAGGGAAGAGAGACCAGCCCUAUUCGGCACUUACAGCUCCGUCUGAAAAAGCUUCGGCUAACGCUUCUCCAAAGAUCACGUCCCCUCUGGCUUGCUUCGUGUACCUUGACGGGGUGCUGUGCGCAAAGACCACCAUGCAGCCUUGGACUCCGACUUCGCCGCACUACCACUGGAUGGAAGAAUUCGAAUUCAGGGAUUUGCCAAAUGCCGAGUCUUUGCAAGUCGACGUCUAUCAAGAUGCUUCGUCUUCAGCGUCAUCGAGUAACAAGACACCGAAUCGAGCCAGCUCAUCGUCCCACCCGAGCGGCUCCCCUUCGAUGUCGUCACCCUCAGCGUCGACCAAAGUACGGUACAGCCUUCUUGGAAGUGCGGAAAUACCUCUAGACACUUUCACUAGGGGUGAAGAGGUCUCGGGUUGGUUCCCGCUAUGGGCGCGUCGCACCUCGACCUCUGAUCGAAAUGGGCUAAGCUCUGCGAGCGUUCAAGACUCCACUUCAAGCCCGUACGAAGCGCACUGCGUAGGGGAGCUCUGGUUGAAGCUUAAAGUGAGCGAAGAAAUUGUAAUGAAGAGAGCGAAGUAUCUUCAAGUGGAUCAGGCUCUGAAUACUCCUGAGACCUUCGAGCAGCUGCUCUCGUCCCUUACUCCUCAUCUGUCCGAAACGGAACUCUCCUCACACUUGGUUGACGUAUAUUCCGCUUCAACGACCCUUGUACCUCGGCUGGUUCAGCUUGGCCAGCACCACGACUUCGGUGCCCACAAUCCUGAUCUCCUCUUACGGUCUGGCAACGUGAUGUCUAGGCUAGUGGUCACCAUCGCUUUGCGCUACGGACAAGAUUGGCUGAGGGAAUGUCUGUACCCAACACUGCUAAAGGUGUGCGAGGAGGGACAAAGCAUCGAUGUGGAUGCGUUGAACUGGUUCGAUACGUCGGGCGCCUCUCCCGCACCUCACUCAGACAGAGUGGCUAGUAGACAGCAAGGCACCGCUCCAACCUCGCACCAUCUCUUCGUCUACAUCAACAAUACGAGCCCCUAUGCUCUGGCUGCUGUAGAUGAUGGUAGGAUCCAGGACGGUAAGCUAGCACUCGAAGGCAAGGCGGCUCUUGACCGAUUGCGCUUGCUACUCAAUCGCCUCUGGAAGAACAUCUACGAGUCUCGCCACCGCUGUCCGACCGAAUUGCGCCAAGUCCUCGCGUCCAUCCGUCGGACGGUCUAUGAUCAAUUCAUCCUCACCUCCACUCCGAAAGUAGCGAUAGCAGCCGGCUUGCAGUCUUUGGGCUCGCUCGUCUUCCUUCGCUUCUUCUGUCCUGCUAUUGCGGCACCAAACGAGUACGGCCUGAUGCUGCAUGCACCAGAUACUCGGGCCAAGAAGACACUGGCGACGCUGUCCAAGGUACUCCUGAAGCUGCACAACAAGAUGGCGGGAUCGGAUCAGCAGAGGAUGGGCGGGUGGAUGAAAGAGCUGAGUGCCUUCUGGAAGGAGGAGGCCUCGGCAUAUGAUGACUUCGUCACCGCCAUCUCUACUUCCCCUGACGUACCGCCUACGAGUAGUCGCUUCUCCGGAAAGAGCCGCCGCGCCCAAGCAACGCCCCUCUUUCCACAGCUUGACGAGCAGGAUCAGAUUGUCCAUACGAUGGUCGCGAGGCGGAUGAACUCGUUGCCUUACACUUUGCAUCGCGAGAUGCUUGCUGCUGAUCCUCCAGGUCUAAGGAUGGGCGAUCAGGCUCUACCGUUUGCACGACUGGUCAGCCUCAUCGUAAGCACAAUCGAUGCUGGCGCACUUGCAAAGCAGCAAGACGAGAAGGCGAGCGAACCGAAAGCUGGUGGCAACAAUCUGCGUACAGAGUUCAAGACUUUGGAAGCAGCUCAAGAAGGGAGUGGGACAUCAUCACCCCAGCCUCUUUCGACGGCACCGACAAAAUCAGACGGGGUCAAAAUAGAACCUUCUGACGAUCAGCAAAUACUGCAAAAUUUUGUUGACGUCUGUCAGUCAGUGGCCGAGAAAGCCACAAGUUUGGUCGAUCAAGCUGGAAGCUUCCCGUCACCUGUGGAGGCUGCGGUUCUUGCGUCGCCCAGGACGAAAUCGAGUGUGAUAUCAGCCGAGGAUAGACGUGAAUCUGCCAGUCUCAAUAACCCUACGAGCCCAUCCCCGUCGUCAGUCGGUCUGGCUGAAUCUUCACCCGUAGGCAGCAGCUCGCCGGUGACUAUAGUAUCUGCCGUACCGAUGUCGCCCCUCGAGCAGCUGCCAAGCCGGACAGAGACUCUGCGGCCCAAAAAAUCGUCAGAGGUACAAGAGCUACCCGCGACAUUCACUCGCACAGUGAGCGUCGAUGGCGGGAAUGAUAUCUCCGAGGGUCAAGACAGCAUACGCCCUCGAUCUUCUGACAGUGUCUCCCCUCUCGAUGUCCUCAAGCCCAAGAUCCUCAGGAGGACGCCACCCGGCCAAGUUAUCAAGACCACUCCGAAACCGCAGGGAAGCUCAGCUGCGGAGAGACCACCAUCUUCUCGAGCCGCCAGAUCCUCCUCAAAUGCAAGCAGUCAACCCGCACUCGAGAAGUCCCAGACCGCUGUCCCUAGCGUGACGAGCUCAAAAUCCCCGUCGUACGUGCUGCACACGGUCGAAGCAGGAGUCGAAAAGGUAGCCAGCAUCGCACGCCCUCUGGGACCAAUGUCGAGGAGGAGCACCACCAGCGUGCAUACCAGCAGUACUCUCUCCGACGUCUCCGGAGAAGAGUCUUCCGGGAAGCGUAGUAGUAAGUGGUGGAAGAGGGGUUGAACUGCCUUCGCACAGUUCCAAGAGAUAUACACCUCAAAAGCGACCUGUCCGAGUCGGUUGCACCGCAUUUGUCUUCCCUGUUUGUCUCUGCUUGUUCAUGUUUCACGUCUAGUUGUUCCAACUAAUUGUUUCGUCUAAUUGUCCCGUCUAAUGCUCAUCGAAGUCGUUCACAU